CCGAGACUUGGGUUGUGUACUUCUCCCUAAGACCACUGUGGGCUUUGCUCUGGAGAUUCGGGGAAGGGAGCCCUGGCCAGGGAGGCUGCGUGGUGUGUGGUGCGUUCAGGCCUUUGACCGCAGCAGGGGCGGCCUGUGUUUGGCAUGCGGAGUGCUGCUGUGAAUGAACGUUCUUUCCUGCAGGUUCACACUGUAAACCCGCCUGUGCCAUGGCCACAGUGAGGCGUGUGUCCAUGCUGGGGCACUGUGCUGGGGAGUGCAGGUACAAUCUUAGUGGCCUCCUGCAGUUGCAGUUGACCCUGAGACACAUUCAGCCCACUGUUAGCACCUGAGUGAGCAAACCCUCACAGGUUUCAGGCCCUGGGACUCUUAGGCGUUCUGGGACUCUUAGGGGUUUCUCUAUGGUGAGCAGGGUGGCGUCUUGGAGCUUGUUUUCUCAUGCAUACCCCUUUCCUGGCAUUUCUCUGCCUUUAGGUUCUAUGCCAUCUCGAUAAGGUUAGAGGCUACGAGGGACUGAUUUUAUUCUUGGAGCUGCCCCACCCACCUUAAGGGAUGUCUCUUGCUGCGUUCUCCAUUCGGCUUGUGUUCCUGUUAGGCCGUUUAUUUGCACGCUGGCAUGAUCAAACCACUAGUUGUAGGUGGCCACACCCCUCUCUACAAGGGAUUUGAGGUAUCUGUAGGGGCUAUCCCUACCUGGGCCUUUCAACUUCCUUAUGUUAACUCUGUGAGCAGUCCUGAUUCUCCUCUCACACCCUGCUCCCUCCUUUGUCGACUUGCUUGCCUUUUUGUGGCUUUCUGGACACAGAGGUUGUCAUCUAAGCGCCUGCUGCUUGCAUGAAUGACUUAGUGUGGUCUGAGAUAGGCCCUUUAGAAGCCUUCCCCAGUCCACCCCUAAGGUAUAGGCUUCUCAGCUGGGGAGAGAAUCAGAAUUUCUAACCAAGUGGAGCCCACGGACUCAGGCUUGGGCUAGUCUGGAAGUUUCUGAAAAACUGGGGGGAGGGGGGUGUUUCUUCAAAAUGGCAUUGAUAGUUGCUGCAUGUGAGGGUGGUUGACUCUAGUUGUUGACAGUAGAACCCGAGGACAGUGACCACACGAUGUCAUCCACAGCUGUCACAGCGUUUGCAUUAGACGCGGUGGGAGAAAGGACAUUAAGGCAGCCAUGAGUUCUAGCCACCCUGAACCAGGUGCCCGGGAACCACAGAGUCCCCGUCCACAGGCCCUGUCUCAGAGUUCUUCCAGCUUGCUGUGUGAAGGCCGGGAGCAGAAGCCAGAGCUUCGCAAGAGUGCCAGCAGCACUGUAUGGCGGGCCCAGCAGGGUGAGGCCGGUUCUAGUCCCCGGAUCCUGCAGGAGGAGGCGUGCCAGACUGAGAUCCCAGAGCACGCGCAGACUGCAAGCACUGCAUCACAGGCUGGGGCUGGAGGCCACUGGAGGAGCAGCACUGUUGGUAAUGUGUCUACCAUGGGCAUCGGUGAUCUGUGUCGCCUACGGGCCCCCAGCGUGGCAGCUGUGCAGAGGAGCCACUCAGACUUGGUACAUAGUACCCAGACCCGGGGUCAUGGCGGCGUUCAGAAGCCCAGUCUGAGCUGUUCUGCCCUUGGCAGCUCACCUGUCCACAGGGCUCAGUUGCAGCCUGGCAGUGUUGCUGGCCAAGGAGGCCAGACCCCUGCACCCCUGCAGAGUGACUCAGCUCCAGAGGAUGGGACUUCUAAAUCAGCCUGCACGUUGGGGGAGAGUCAGGUGUGGGUGCCAACCGUAGAACUAGAAGAUGCAACUGGUCUCCUCCGAGGUCCCCAGGGUGAGCCCAAAGCGACUGGACAGCCACCUACCACUUCCUGCCACGCUCUGCCUCCGGCAGCUCUGCUUUGCACCCUGGGGGAGGCUGUAGCUGGUAGCUGCUGCCAUGCCCUGCCUGCCAGAGGCAUCCUGGCCUUUCCCAAGCUGGUGGCGUCAGUCAGUGAGUCUGGGUUGCAGGCCCAGUGUGGGAUGAAAUUCCACUGUAAGUUGUCUGGGGGGAUUUCUGGGCACCCUCACUGUUGUGUCCACCCUUGGGGGCCUACAGGGCUAGCCACAGAGUCUGGCUCCAGGACCAAAGAUGUGUGGACCAUGACCUCAGCCACCGAUUUGGCUCUGGGUGUGGCAUCGGCUCAGGAUGCCGGGGUUCAGGCAGCUCCCGCGGCAGCCUGCAAGGCUGUGGCUACCAGCCCAUCCCUGGAAGCGCCUGAGACUCUGAACCUAUUUCCAGAGGUAAUGCUAGAGUCCGGCCUACGACAGGCAUCGUCACCUGUGAGGGAUGUACGAUGGGAUGCCGAGGGCAUGACAUGGGAGGUGUAUGGAGCCUCUGUGGACCCUGAGGUGCUCGGCAUUGCCAUCCAGAAGCACCUGGAGAUGCAGUUUGAGCAGCUGCAGCAGGCACCAGCCAGUGAGGACAGCCUGUCUGCGGAGGGCCGGAGGGGCCCUCUGCGGGCGGUCAUGCAGUCACUGCGGAGACCCAGCUGCUGUGGCUGCUCUGGAGCGGCUCCAGAAUGAGGAAUUGUGACCCCGGAACUGGCCACGACUCUAGACUUGGUUCUAGGCCAGUGACAGGCACAGUGGAGACUCCAUGCCACCGGGACUCACCUUUUAACUUGAAUACCAGCCUUGCUCGGGCUUGUGGUUCCAUGCAGCUGGGCUGUCUUUUAAGGGCUUGAAUCCCAAGAGCCACUUCUCUAUCCAUUCUGGGCUCUGAAAUGUGGACAGGGAUUUUGCACUGCACAGAAGUGAAAUCCCGAUUUCUUUCCUGUGAAAGUACUUAACCUUUUGUUUUGUCUGUCCCACAGACCUUUGCUGUCACUCCCCUGGGACUCUUGGUGGUUUUAUUUUUACUAGAAUUGCUAGGAACUAAUGACUUUUGACAUUACACAGGAGGUCCCAGGUGGUGGGAUUGCCCCAGUUUGUACUCGUCACCUGACCUUGUCGAGGUUCCUCCUCUUUACCCCACUUUCCGGAUGUCACAGCAGAUGUCUUGCAGAGAUCUAGCUGAUGAGCUCUGAGGUGUAGUUCAAUAUGGAAUGAAAGGCUUAGAGCCUGGGCUAGACCAGCCCUGGUGUUAGCCUGCGACACACACCUGGGCCAGCUCAGUGUAGCUGGGGACAGGGAGAACUAACUGAGUCUGCGGCUCUGUGAGAAACAUCCUCUGCCCAUGAAGUGUGGGCACCUGACCAUUACAGAAGGGCUGCUUGUAUCCUUGGAGGGGGUUUCCAAAAGCCUGCCCUGCAGGUCACUGUGCCAGGCUCCCUGCCUCAGGAAGUAGAGAAUAAGUGCCCACCUGUCCCCAAAUGUAUUACAGUGCUUGAAAGAGUGCCAUUACUGCCCCACUCCAUGGGAUUUUAUCUACCUGGUGCAGUUCUGGGAGGGAGCCUGGCUUUGGGGGUGGAGGUACUGGGUUUGGGGCUCCUACCAGGUAGGAAAUGGCUAGAGCUGAGAGACUCUGAAUGUCAGGGUUAGAAAUGGCCUGUGUGUUAGGAAUGCCCUAGCAUGGCCUGGGCUGUGGGGACCAGUAGAUUUGGGUGGGGAGAGGGACCCAGAGUCUUUCCGUCUGGUUUUAUUACCCAAGGGCUUCUUAAGGCCCAGGAGGAUGGAGCAGUCUGCUGAAGACCCCAGACUCCUGGCCUACGGCUCCUUCAGUCAUCGUAUUAGAGCUCCAGGGUUAGGUAGACUAAGGGCUUCAGGCCUGAGUUCCUGUAGGAUUGAAGCUCUAAUAGGCUGUGUAAGGGGAGCGCUUCCGGGACCACAGGGACUGAAAGGUGGCUUAUCUGCCCUGUCAGCAAGGUCCUGCUGCUGCAGAGGAGGUAGGGAAACUGUAACAGAGGCCUUUGGCUUGGAGCAGAAAUGGCAUGUCAGUGGAUCAAAGAAAGAAGGCAAGAUAGGCUGGCUCCAGGCAAGAAGCCUCAUAGUAGGGUAGUCUUACUGGUACUAUGCCUUUCCCAGGCGUCAAGCACACUCCUUACAGACAUGGCAUGUCUGAAUAGUUGUGUGACCCAAGGCAAGUGCCUGUGCUCUGGCCAGGGGUUGAACAAGGUCAUUGACUGUCUUAUAGAUUUCUGAUCUAGAUCUCUGGCUGGACAUUUGGGGAUCCCGUUUGGAGGUGAUGGAUCUCACUGUAUAUGUUUGUCUUAUUUUGAAUAAAAAUUAAAUACAAGUUGAGAGAUUAGAGCUUUGACAGGCCAUGGCAGAAAGGGGGCAUUGGGCAUGGCUAGUCUUGCUUCCUUUGAUCUGGUAAAUUCUGUCCUCUGAGGCAUGAACCCUAGAGUCCAAGGGCUCCGUGUCCUGGCAGGUUUUUCCCUCUGUCUUCUGGGACCACCCCCUUCUGUCUACUCGUUCUCCUUUCGAGCAUCUUGGGUUUAGGACAGAUGAAGCCUGGCUUCCUGAAGCUUAGCACCCCCGAGACUGCCUUUCUGUAGGCAACACACAGGAGUAUAUCCCUUGUGUAUAUUCUAGGCUGCCAUCACCGUCUUAGGGAACUACUUCAAAUGCAGGCUCUUUACCUACUGGCAGUCACAGUGCUGAAGAGGGAAGAGUCCUCUACCCCCUUAGAUGUCACCUGGUUUUAUCUCUGACCCCUGGACGUGUUAGAUAAUUGACAGUAGCUGAACUGGACCCUCCCCAUGCUUUGGGCUUGGGGAGGGCCACCAUAGCCUAUGUGUCUAGAGCUGGGAAUUGAAUUCUGAAUUCACAUUGGUGUUCAUAAAGUCUUGGGCUAGACACCAGCCCUGAAGACCUGCAACUUCUUCAGCUCUGAAAUGGGAUUGAAGCCAUAUUUUAGCUUUGGCUUGUGAGAAUGAAGUUUCAUAACCCACGUAAAACUUAGUGCUGGCCGUGUUGCCCAGUGUUUCAUGGCCAGGGGGUGGGGGUGGGGGAUGUGGCUGCCACCACAGUCCACAUGGCAUUCCCUUAAAGUUCCUUCUUCAGAGCCUCAUCCAGGCCCAGUUUUGUGCCCUGAAUAGGACACGUGCCUUCUGGCUGGGAACCUCUGAAACCAUUGCUCCUAGAGCCAAGCAGAGGAGGAGAUCCCCUCCCUACCAGUCCUCUGAGGUGAGGAGAAUGAGGUAGGGAAGGACAGAAACCAAUCAAGGAUGUGACUUGGGGCCAGUCGAGGCUCUACAGCAGAGUUCGGGCUUUCCCGGGGUGGACAGCAGGCCCCAGGCUCUCAUGCUCUUGAGUGUGCAGGCUUGGAAGCUCCAGGUCCUUGGGGGUAGGCUUCUGUAGUGAGCCCUAGGAUCUGUCCCAAAGGGAGUGCUGUGUACCCACAGGCAGAUGCAUUUGUGCCUGCAUCUGCCCAUCACCUAGUCCAUAUGGCCUGUGGUCCACACACUGCCCAGGCCUUUUCCUCUGGAUACUGUUUAGAAGCAAUUCUGCCACACUAGUGAUCUUGAUUAAAGGUGAAGCUUGGCCUCUGUCCAUGCUGAACUCCUUCUCGUUUGUCAUUUGGCCUGGCCCAGUUUUGUCAUCUGAAGCUAUGGCUAGUCCUUCAUGAGUUCUCAUCCAACUUGUCAGGCAGGGCAGGGCCCCUGUGGAAUCUGAAGUGGGACUCUGGAUUAUUCUAGUGUCAUCAUGAGCCCCCAGCUCCUCCCCCACAGUGCACACCACAUCACUGGGGGGAGUCAUUUGUGGCAAAUUUGUUAAAAUCAGCAUCACCUAAACCAAGUCCCAGGACCCUCUUCUUCAGAAUAGAUGGAGGCUGGUAUGGUCUAACAGGAUUCACUCCACUGCCCAGUGUCCCUUCCCCAUCUUAGCUGCUUCUGAUUGACACACUGUUCUAGAUGCUUGAGAUCAGUAAGCUAAGCGGUACCCAAGGGGGCAUCCCCCUCUCUGCGGAGAAGGGGAGGGGGCAAUGGGAGAGGGAUUUGUAAGGGUGGGACUGAUAGGAGAGAGGGGACUGUGAGUGGGAUGUAAAGUGAAUUAAAAACAAAAAGAUUUGCUUAUUCUGUCUUCUCAUCCUAGGGGGAACAGAGACCAGCUCUACCUUUGGCCUGGGCAUAGCACCUGCUUAGCCUCGAUCCCCUAAGGCUGCUGUUCUAGCACAGUCCCUAACCUGCUAGUUUCCUGGAAGGUGAUCUUGAGGGUCAGAAAGGAACCUCUUUAAUGUCUGUCCUUUAGAAAGGACCUCCUCAGAAACAUCCUACACUUUACCCACUUGUUUUGGAGGGAAUUCCUAGAAAGCCCUGGGGACCCUGCUGACCUGUAGGCUUGGGGGAGCAUGGGGUUGGUGUGGGUGCUGUGGUCACACACAAAGAGCUAAGAGCGCCAGGGAAAGGUGAAGAUGCUAAAAACCGAGGCCGAUGGGCGUCAGACUCUUACUGCAAGAGCUGGGUACAUGUCGUGUCACCUUUUCUGUCCUUGAGCGGUGACUCUGCAGAAUUCGUGCUGAGUCAUGGGCCACCCUCUCCUUUGCAGAUAGCCAGAGUCAGUGCAGCAAGGAGGGAGGUCUGGGCCCUGUAACAUGAGCUCUUCAAACAUAUCCUGCAGCCCAUCUUUCCUGGGCUCCCUUUAUUAAGAAGGGAGAUGAAUUGAGGAACUGAAGUUUGGGCUGUGGGGAGUGUUCAGUUUUAAGGUGCCCACAGACUUGCCCAGUCUGUCCUGGCUGGGGACUUUUCACUUCACAGCAUCUUUCUGGAAAAAGACCUACAGUGCCUUUUUUUCCCCCAUCAUGUCUGUGCACCCAAGAGCAAACUGGCCUUCUACACUCUCCCAUAGAUGUUCUUUCUCCAGCAUCUUUAUGUUUUCUGUCUCAAUUUCUCUUGUCCCUAGAAUAUGUUGUCUCGCCACUGUCCCAAUAUCCUUGUCCCUGGAGCCUCCUUCAGUUUAUGUCAGGGGCCUGUCUGGCCUUGGUCCUAUCACUCCAAACCGGAGGCUUUCUCUUCCCACGGCCUGGGGGUAUUUCCCUUAGGCCAUGGCUUAGUCUGGGUCUCCGAGUCCUUGAUUUUUGAGUGCCUAGACCCUGUCCCACCUAUUUUGUUUUUCUUUGGACACACACUAAAAGGCCAAGUUUGCAAAACAGCUUCUGGGCAGAUCCUUAGACAGGUAGAUCUCACUGGGGUCGCUCUGCUGGAUUUCUGAAGAAUCAGAAGUUGUCCGUGGUCCUGCUGGGUGGCCUCAAAGACUGAGGUCAGAAAGAAGGGCAUCCCAGAGUCCUAGGUUUGGGGGGCACACUUUCUGGCUUAUAAUGCAUCUUAUCUUCUUUCAUAUGUUCAGAAUCUUGCUUGGCUUGUCAUUAGGUUUGGGUGUGGUUUGAGCCUCCUUGUAGGGUGAGUACAAGCACACCAUCCUACCUUUGUGCCUUUCCUGUGCGGAACUGGGCUCCUAUCCAGUUAGUCAGGACUAGAGACUGGGUCAGGAGAUUUCUGAUUUUGAUACCAGCUGCCCACAUCUGCCUCCUAGUUCUGAAGCAAGGAGCCUCUGUAGGGCUUGAAGUUUCCAUAUGUGUCUUCUCACUCCGUACCUCUUGUCCUGCCUCCUUGGCAGCCCUCCCCCACAGUGGCUGUGCAGUCCUGUCCCCUCUUUUCUUUGCUCAGUUUUAAACAAGGGUCUGGGAGGACAGUGGCCAUGGAUGACAUUUUGUAUGUAAGCGUCCUGGAUGUGUUACUUUGGGAGAGUUUCUGGUUUUCUUACUGUAGAGUUGGCGAUACUGGAGGAGGGGAUAGGUCUCUUGUGUGAGUUUCCAUUCCUAAACUCACAGUGCAUGGGGAGGUGGACUCUCCUCUGGGCAGGGCAGGAAUAGGAAUGUGGUCGCAAGUCACUGGCCUAGGAAUAGUGCUGAGCAUUGCUGAGGCAGGCACAAGUCAGCAAGGACAUCCUGCUUUAUUGGAGAUGUUUUACUGUUCAUAUUUCCAUGAAUUCUGGUUCUAAGAUGUUACAUUAAAACAGUGCUUGUCUUAAUUACAAAGUCUUUUGGCAUGCUUGCACAGUUGUUUCUUAGCCACUGCCUGAUUACCAGGUCCAGGGUCUUGAGUCCCCUUAGUUCUCUCCUGCUCUGGAACUAGGACUUAAGAGUAGAGGUGGCCUUUUGGCUAAGAUCAAGUGAAGGGUAGAGGUUGACUUUCCAGCCAAAGCUGCAGCUGCUCCAAACCACCAGAAGGGUGGCCAGACGCCCUCUACUGGGAAGGUGGGGCACAGCAUUAGACCCACUUAGUGGGUGGAGCCUCUAGUGGGAGUAGGGAAGUAUUCACCCUGGGGAGUGAAGCUCCCAUGGCUGGUGGAAGGCCCAUCUGGGUAGACAGUCAUUUCACUGCGACAUCCGUUUCGAACACUUACUCCCUUCCUGGGGGACUCCGGUCCAAUCUGGAGCAUGGGUAGAGGAUCCAGAGACGACAAAGCUAGAGAAGGCAGAGCCAGUGCAGUAGCCCACGGCCUGCUGGGGGAGAUCGGACAACACGCAUUCUCCAGAUGGACUGUGUGAGAGUCGGAAUGGGAACCUUGCCCCUCCCACCUAGCCCAUGUGGCUAUGUAGGCCUUUGGCUCAACCUUCAACAUUUCACGCCUCAAAUGUGCUUGCCUAUCUUACGGAAGAAAGUCUUCCCAGGCCUGAGGAAAAGGUGUGGAUCGUCAGGACUGUCCCCAUUCCAGGCAUGUUUGACAGAAGAGACCAGAGAAUACUGGUAGGCUAGACGUGAAGGUGAGCCCCCUUUGGUGGUGACUAGAAGAGACAGACCGGGUGGGCAUGAAGCUCCUUGUGGGGAGGCAGCAUCUCUACGUGGAGGACGAGGCUGGCUGGGGAUCAGCGCAUACUGGGAGCCUGGAGAGGGACUGGAGAGAACCUGUUUCUUACAGAGGGGUUUUAGAGGGAGGGGCUGAGGGUGUGCAUGGGAACGAAUGGGAAGUGAAUGUGAGCUGGCACCCUGGCUUCUCUGCCUACAUGAGGGGCAGGGUGACUGUCCAGACAAGCAUUCCCCUUGUCACUCCAGGUCACACGGCAUCUCAGGUGCUGUCUUAGGAUCUCUUGACUUCGAGUAACUGAAUCGUGAACUGAAAGCUACCUGGACGGUUAGAAUGUUCCCUUCCCGCUAAAGAAUUCAGGAGGUCUCUGGUUCCAGGGUUGAUUCUAUGGCUCAACAAGGAGAUCAAAGAGUCAAGUUCUUUCCAGAUAUCUGCUCUGCCAUCUUUAGGGGCUUAGUGAGGGCUGACCUCAUGGUCACAUGAUAGCUGCUGCACUUCGAGGCAUCAUGAGUGUAUCCAGAGCUGCCACAGGAAGAUCUUCACAUAUGCAUCUGAACGACUGAAAAUUGGGUUCUUAGGCUGGUUCAUAAAAUAAUUAAAAAAAAAAUGGUACAAAGCCAGUUUUACUAGGCUUUUCGAGAAGGGGAAAAUGGCAGGCAAACUAUAAGUCUUGAGAGGUUGCCAGGUGGAGGGAGAUGGAGAAGAGGAGGAGAGAUGCUCACAGUGGUUGACUUAGGCCAGCAUGUUGAGGGUCAGUAAGCAGUCACCUGGCAGAGUAACAGUGGAUGCAGGAGGAACAGCUUCGGAGAAAGAGGGAGAAAGCCCAGAGUGUCUGGGAACUCACACCUAGGCCUUGUCUAGCAUCUGAAAGCAAAAGAAAUAGGAGAAAAAGAACAAGUUAUGUUCUUAUGAUUAACUCAGAAAUGUAAGCAGGUUCUACAGUUGCCGUGUAAUAAACAUUCGGCAGGCAUCUGCACUGAGGGAGGGGCUUCUGGGAGAGACAAGUACAUCAUCUCAUUAAAAGGAUGACUUUAGUCUUCCCCUCCCCGUAGCAUGUCUUCAGGUAAACCAAAGCUGGAAAGGGAAGUUAGCAGGGUGGGGGUGGGCCCUGGCCAGGUGAUUGACAGGUCCAGUUGUGUUAACUCUUAAAAGGAGGAGAUAAUAGAAUAUAAUGUUGAUCUCGUGUCUUCUGGCCUGGCCAAACUAGUGGACUCUUUAUGACAUCUGUGGUUUUGACCUUUUCAGAGGGUCAUCUCUUGGGGCUCAUGUGAUAUUGAUCCUUUUCAGACUGGCUUCUCUCACCUAGUGAGGUGGAGUUGAGCUUCCCCUGGGCUCAGCAGCUUGGAGACCACCUUGUGACAGCUCCUCCCUCUCACAAGUAUUGAUUGUCUCCCUACUGAGAUGUUACCUGUGAGUAAAGGACUUCCUAGUGUCAGGCUCUCUCACCUGGGAACUGAGCUCACACACAGGGGUACCGGAUGGCCACACUUCCUGCUCCUCACCGUGGCCCACAGCUUGUGCUGUGCAUCGAGUCGGCUGUGGCUUGUGCUGUGACACCUUCCUGUCCUCAGAAGCAAACUCUCUUUUGCCAUGUGGGCUCUGAUUCCUUGUUUCAGAGUCCGGGCCAUGCUGCCUGUCCCUUGUGUUGGGACUGAGCUCCUCUUGGAGCCUCCACCAUGGCUGUUGCCUCUCUGUCUGUCUGUCUGUCCAUGUCAUCUAUAACCUUUAUCAUAAACUCUGUACUCCCUAAAAGCUGUAUCCCAUUAUAUGGAUGUGCCAGAGAGUAUCAGUCCUGCCGAAGGCCGUCUUGUUUGCUGUGUGUUUGAACUGUAGAAAUCAAACGUCUACAGACAUCAUCAAAGAGAUGCAAUAAAAGUCCAGCUUGGUUGGAGGAAAUGCCAAACUCAAACCUCUCUCUCACAGCAGCUGCCCAGAUUUGUAUUCUCGCUAGCAGAGUACGAGAGGUUUACUCAUCUUUUUAUUCCUGGUUAUUAUACAGCUGGGAGCAUUAACAAGUGAGUCUCAGUGUGUACAGAAUUUUAUGGGUAUGUGUGAGACUGUCUGUAGAGUAACGUUUCAAAAAGAUUUUUAUCUGCAAUGCUUGAAAAUGUUCAUUUCCACACCUGCAUCGACUGCGUGCUACUAAGCUUUAAUAUUUUGGCAAUUUGACAAGUGAAAAAAAAAAAAAGGAUGACUCCUGAAGGCUUCUACUGUGAGAGAGUGAGGUGGUGCUCUGGCUGUCUGGGCGAGGUCUUUUCUCUGGUGACUCUCAAGCUGUGCAGUAUUGGGUACGUGACUGACUGUCUCUGGGCUUUGGUCCCUCCACCUAUAAUGUGAAGAUAGCCAUGAUUCUUGCCUUGUUAACUGGACUUGAGGACUCAAAGGUAUGCAUCAUGUAAAAUGCUAACAUAUCCUGUCUUUAAGUAAGUGGUGAGUUAAUGAAUAUUAUUGUGUAAUAUGUUUAUGACAAUUUGGGCUUCUUAGCGUAUGAUUGGGUGGUUCAUAAUAAUUUCCCGUUUUCUCUGGAUUCUUCUUUUGCAUAUUAACUGAUUAGAGCUCUUUGUAUUUUAAUAAAUUUCAUAUAUACCUCA